UCAUUUCUUGAUUUAUAUUUAUUUAUUUCACUUUUUCUGGUUUUCUUUUUUUUGUUAAGUUUAUUUUGUUGUUGCAAACUUUCAUGGAAUUAUUUGUAUUUCUCACAGAUCUCUUGCUAACCUCUGGGUCAUCUCUUCUUUUGUUCCUCAUUACCCACUUCUUCCCAUGUUUUUGGAAAAAAAAGUCAAUUUGCCCAUUUUUCAAAGGGUUAAAUCAAUAUUUUGAUUGCAUCUCCCAUCUCUGAUGAGCAACAGUAUUGUGUGAAAGAAUGAAAAGCCUGUCCCAUAUAGACAUCUGUCACAAAGCCUGUUGAGUUAAAUGAUUCUAGAAAAUAAUAGCCCGGCCUAUUAACUGAAGUUUUACUGUAGUUGUUUUUUGACAUACUUUUUCUGAUAAACUACAAAUCCCAGCACCGCUCUAAUUCUCGAUUCAUCCUGAUUUCUGAGUAGUGACACGUCAUCUUACGUCACUACCGCACCUGCGCAGCCAUCUUGAGCCUGUAGCAAGCAACGGACACAGAAAGGCAGAAAAUAGGAGUAAAAUACAACAGCCUAACGUGUUGAAACAGGGAUAUGUCCGCUAGAAUCAAAAACAUAUGAAAAAAUAACGGUCGAAGACAGAGGAACGACCACUGGACAGUAACGGAGACGGUAAAACAGCCCUCUAAGUGCCUCGGAUACCCGGACCUCCAAGUCAUCUUUUUUGCCGGAGUAGGAAGGAAGAGUCGAGUCGCCGACAGAAAAACACAGCCAGAGUGAAACCAUGAACCCCGAAUAUGACUAUCUGUUCAAGCUCCUGCUCAUCGGAGACUCUGGAGUGGGAAAGUCCUGUCUGCUGCUGCGCUUUGCUGACGACACCUACACAGAGAGCUACAUCAGCACCAUCGGAGUGGACUUCAAGAUCCGCACCAUCGAGCUGGAUGGCAAGACCAUCAAACUGCAGAUUUGGGACACUGCAGGGCAGGAGAGGUUUCGUACCAUCACCUCCAGUUACUACCGCGGAGCCCACGGCAUCAUAGUUGUAUAUGAUGUGACAGAUCAGGAGUCCUAUAACAAUGUGAAGCAGUGGCUUCAGGAAAUCGACCGCUACGCCAGCGAAAACGUCAACAAGCUCCUGGUAGGCAACAAGUGUGACCUGACCACUAAGAAGGUGGUGGACUACACAACAGCCAAGGAGUUCGCAGACUCUUUGGCCAUCCCCUUCCUGGAGACAAGCGCCAAGAACGCCACCAACGUAGAGCAGGCUUUCAUGACCAUGGCGGCAGAGAUCAAGAAGCGCAUGGGCCCUGGGGCCACGGCCGGCGGAGACAAGCCCAACUUAAAAAUUGAGAGCACCCCUGUCAGGCAGUCCGGAGGGGGCUGCUGUUAAAAGACCCCUUGCCUUCAUCACCUCGACCAUCACCUUCACCAUCUCCACUGAAAUCUCCCUCUCUCCUCCUUCUGUGUUCCCAACAUCCUCUCUGCCACUCCCACACCUCACCAUCCCUCCAUAACAGCCUGUAACCCUCAACCACUCCCUGACCCCCCCUCCAGCAGCCCGCCCGGACAACCAGGGAGGGCUGGCCAGACAGAGGAGUAAACUGUAAGAGUGUUAAGAUCAGAAAACUUUACAAGUGUUUGUUCACCCAUCAAACAGCCAGAGUGUGAGGGAGGGACAGAAAGAGACAGAGAGGCUACUUUUACUUUCUGCCAAGAGGACAGAAAGAAAACAGAUAUGGAGGAAGAUUGGUAUUGAUUUAGAGUGGAAUGGAGGCAGUUGAAGAUUAGGUUUAGAUACCAGUGAGCUCAUCUCUUUCUACACACACACACACAAACACACACACACACACACACGCAAACACACGCAAACACACUUUAGUGGGGUGGCAGAGGUUAAAGAGAUUGCAGCCUUUUGGCCAAACCUGUCUCUCCUCAGGCUGUCUGUCUUUGCUGAUCUCAUCCUAGGGCCUCGCCCCAGUCCAAACUUUUCAUUUAUGGAAUUUUUUUACCUGCACACACACACACACACGCACGCACACACACACAAACACACGUGCUACAGGGUGUCGAGUCACACACUGCAGACGCUCUGUGGACAGUAGGAAGUGUUUCUGAACGGUGUCUCAUCAUUGCCAUUUAUUGAUGAAGAAGCAGGGAAAGCCCUUUCAGUGAGCCUCCCUCCAUCUGUCCUCUUCAUCAGCUAACACUUUAGAUUUGUAACGGUGUGUUCAGACAGAAUAAGGAGGAUUUUCACGUUAUUUCAUUGAAAUGAAUUUGACCCCAACCAAUGUACCAGAGCUGUGAGCAGUGACAGGUUUAGGUUGGAAAAAAUGAUGGAAACCAGAAAAUUACACAGUUUUACAAAAUGUUUACAUAAUCUUUUUUAAUCAAGUACCAUCCCCAUCAAAUGACACACAGGAUGCAAUUAAGUAUCUUCUUUUAACAGUAUCCUGUUGCUGGUGGGCACAGAGGCCUUUUUUCCCCUCAAAAUUUUAUUUAUUUUAAUUUUACUUUUAAAUGGUAGACUUUUAAGUAAGUGCUGAUCACAUUUUCUGUCUUCUUUAAAAGAAAUACCAACUACAAGCACAUGAGGACAACAGAGGCUGGCAAACAGCCAAUGAAAAUCAGAGUGGCAUCACGCAGUCAGCCCCACUUGGCAUCAGAUUCACAGUCGGGGCACUUGACAUUGUGAGUGUCGGGGUGUUCCCGACAUUCCCCACAUAGUGACCUGAGCCAAACACUAUGAAAACACAUUUUAAACGAUUCCAUCACUCACCCAUCUUACAUCGUGGAAUGAUAAAUAACGGCAGCCUAGGAUCGUUUAUGUAGUGCAUAAAUUAUAUUAACCCUUUGAAACCUCAAAAGACAUCACUGUUCUUGUCCUGUUUUCAGACACCUUUCACAAAUAUUUUAA